AUGAACUUUCCAAUGUCUUGGGCAGAAUGCAGCCUCAUAGAGGAUGAUAAGGUCUUCGGCACCUUUUUGAACUAUGCUGCAAGCUCGUGGCAACGACACAGCAAGAUAAGCGACCCGAAAAGUCCUGAAGUGGUGGAGCUCAUGAAUCGGCUGUUCGAUACCAACGGCCCGAUUUGGGCACGGUGGAAAAUAUGGCUUGACGCAAAUGACAAUUCACGGAAGGCAGGGCACUCUGAAAUAAUCGGGGUCUCAGCUAGCCCGGUCUAUUAUGCAGCAUUGCUUGGGUUGAAUGAUACGGUGAAGUUCUUGAUCCAAAAUCGCAAGCACCCCAUUGACCAGAUCGGAGAUCGGGGUCAGACGGGGCUCCUAGUCGCCUGUGAAAAAGGAUAUUUGGAUGUUGUUAAGACCUUGAUCAAAUAUGGGGCAAAUGUCACAACUGAAACGAUUGACGGAUGGACGCCAAUCAAUAUAGCCUCCCAAAGCGGCCAUUCCGAAGUGGUCAAGCUGCUGCUUCGCGAGAAUGUGACUGGUGUCAUAAUUCCCAACAGAGCUGGGUGGAUGCCGAUCACCUUCGCGUCUCAGAUGGGUCAUUCCGAGGUGGUUAGACUACUUAUCGCGACGGGUGCGGAUAUCAAUACCACAAACAACCUGGAGAAUGGCCACAGAUUGUCACCACUCAACUUAGCCUCGACGUAUGGUCACACAGAGGUAGUGAAGCUACUUCUCGAUAGCGAUGCAGAUGUUAACAUGCCAGACGAAUUCGGAUGGACGCCAGCGAACUCUGCGUCACUGAAUGGUCACGCUGAUAUAAUGAAGCUGCUUAUCGCGGCGGAGGCGGAUAUCAAUACAACAAACAAGGACGGAUGGUCACCACGCAGCAUAGCCUUGGUGAACGGUCAGCUGGAGCAAGUGAGGUUACUACUUGAGAACAACGCAGAUGUGAACACUUCGGACGAUCAUAGAUGGACGCCAGUGAACGUUGCAUCAUACAGUGGUCACGCUGAAAUAGUGAAGCUGCUUAUUGCACGGGGAGCGGACAUAAAUGCAUCAAAUGAUGCCGGAUGGACGCCGAUCAAUACGGCAUCUCACAUGGGUCACAUCGAGGUGAUUGAGCUACUCACCAUGGCAGGGGCAGACAUCACUAUCCCAAACAGGGGAGGAUGGACACCAGUCAGCUCCGCAUCUGCAAUGGGCCACGAUAAAAUAGUUAGAUUACUGAUAGAUGUCGGGGCGGACGUCAAUGUCCCAGACAUCAAAGGGUGGUCAGCUGUUCAUGUAGCCUCAGCAAGAAAUCAUCUGGAAGUUGUGAAGCUUCUUCUCAAGCACAACGCAGAUAUCAGUAUUCCAGACAAGAAUGGGCAGUCACCUGUCACCUCGGCCUCUGCAAACGGUCACCUCGAGGUACUCAAGCUCCUCCUGGAGAGAAAAGCCGACAUCAAUUCAAAGGACCAUAGGGGCUCUACACCUCUACAUCUCGCUUCGGAAGGAGGCUCUGUGGACGUUGUCAAGCUCCUUCUUCAAUACUCUGAAAGAAACGGCGUUGAUGUUCAAGACGUCAUCGGAAGAACUCCUGUUUUCCUCGCCGCCGCUCGAGGACACGAGAAGGUCCUGCGCCUGCUUUUGCAAUCCAAUGCAUCUCCGCACAUUCACGACCAUUAUCAUAUGACCCCGUUGUGUACCGCUAUCAGAAAUGGACAUGAAGAAGCAGUCAGGGUUCUUCUUCCGCUAACCAAAAUCACAAAUGAUUCGGAGGAUGAUUUGGGUUCCAAAGUUGUUCGCUGGGCGUUUAAAAGCGGAAACAACGCCAUUAUUGACCUCGUGCGCCAAUGGGCUCAAGAAAUGGACAUUGGAUUUUGCCAAAGUACCCUUGACGUGGGCUGGAUUCGAAUCAGAUUCGAUCUAUCUUCAAGGUGGUGUGAUGUGUGUACUGGAACUAUCCCAACUGGCUCUUCUCACUACUCUUGCAAGACUUGUUUCGACUUUGAUAUAUGCGCGAAGUGCGAUUUGUCCGGUGCUAAAUGUUUGAAUUCUUCUCACGAGUGGGAGCACAUGCCAGGUCGCUCUUGA